GUUCUUCUUUCCCUUACUCUCUUUAUUUAUUCCUGCAAUUUUAUUAUUUCACACACGCAAAAAUCAGUGAACUCAAUGUUCCCAAAACCGAAGAGGAGUUCACCGACGAAGAUUGCAAAAAGAUGGAGCUCAACGCAAAGGCAAUAAACAUGAUUUAUUACGGUGUUAACGCUGAUGACUGUCGCAAAAUCUCGCGGUGUGAAACCGCAAAACAAAUGUGGGAAAAAUUGGAGGUCACCUACGAAGGAACCGCGCAGGUUCGGGAGGCCAAAAUUGACCAUCUCACUCACGAGAAUGAACUCUUUUCAAUGAAGGAAAAUGAGAAGAUUGAGGAAAUGUUUGAGAGAUUCUCUAACAUCAUCAAUCCUCUCAAUCUUCUCGGGAAGACAUACACCGACCGAGAGCUCGUGAGAAAGGUGCUGCGAAGCCUAUCCCCUAAAUGGUGUUCAAAGGUGGACGCAAUCGAAGAAGGUCGUGACUUCCAAACAACGACCUAUGAUGCUCUUCGAGGUAAUCUUAUUACCUACGAAACCACCCAACUCUCAAAGGUGGUUGAAGAGAGGAACAAAAGGUUUAUUGCUCUACCCGCAACAACAUCAACCCACAACAACGUUGAUGAUGAAGAUGAUGACAGCGACGACACCGACCUCGGACUCUUUGUCCGAAAAUUCAAGAAGAUGAUGCUAAAGAAUGGAGCCAAGAAGAACACUCCACCCAAAUGCUAUGGGUGUGGUGAAAUUGGACACAUCAAACCAAUGUGCCCAAAGCUCAAGAACGAGAAGGACAAUAGGGCACCGAAGAAGCAACGUGCCUACAUUUCUAACGAGGCCGUGGGGAAACGGAGGAAGUGGCUAACUUAUGUCUCAUGGCCAUUGAAGAUGGUGAUACAUCAAAAGAGAAUCAUUGGAAGUGGCACCGUCGGAAAGGACAUUGCUACAACCGUUGAGAACGUUCUUGUUGAGGGCCUCAAGCACAAUCUUCUUAGCAUUAGCCAAUUGUGCGAUAGAGGAAUUUUCUUAGGUUAUUCUCUUCGUAGUAAGGCAUAUAGAGUGUUCAACAAGCGUACUAAGACCGUAGAGGAGUCUAUUCAUGUUGUCUUUGAUGAAUUUGAUGCUCGCUUGGCGAGAAAAGGUAUUGUUGAUAAUGUUGCAGGUUCUUAUGAUGAUGAUGAAGAAAUCGUUAAGGAAAAGGAACCGAAAGAAGAGAAAACGCAGGAACAAACGGAGCUUCCUAAGGAAUGGAGAACAUUGAAGAACCACCCGAUUGACAAUGUCAUUGGUGACAUAACGCAGGGAGUUUCUACUCGAAGGAUGCCAAGGUGCAAGAACGCUUCAUUGCGUCAAGAAUCGGCGGCAGAGGAGAGUGAGAGGCCAUGGCGUCGUGAAGGGAGCAAGUACAUUCACAUACAAACCGGACUCGCCUUCAACACUGGGGCUUCAGUCGAGAGGUUCCAUAACAUCUUCCUCACGAAGGAGAUCGUCUCUCCUAAGAUCGUGAACAAGGACCUCUUCAAAUCGGCGACCUAUGCCCCGAGUAAGUCUCUUCUCCUUCAGCAAGACUUUACUCGGGACACUCAGGUGCCAGUUAAGAAGACGUGUUUCAUCACUGAAGCCAAGUAUUCCCGGAUCGUGUAUCGAGAGGAGGGCGAUGUUGCACCAAAUCUGGACCUGAUAGUCGCAGAAGAAGAAGAAGAGACCCAAAACGAGACUCAAGCUGAGUCAUCUCGAGCCAGAGGAAGUCGAGCCACGGAGCUCGUCACUCGUCAACGGAGGACUCGUCCAAGAGAAGAAGCACCGGAACCUUCUUGGGUGAAGAGGAUCUUCGGUACUCUCACGUGCAUCCGUGAUGACGUUCGCCAGCUCAACGAGAGGAUGACUCGUCUUGAGCAAUCUCGCUCCUACCGUGGCCCGCGUCACAGCUUUAGCGGAGGAGCUCGUCCGGCGAACUCUCUUUGAUUAUUAUUUUCUUUCUAUCUUGACUUAUUAUGAUACAUUGUUAUUUGCUAAUGUUAUUGUUUUAUGACUAUUUUGGUGGAUGAUGAUGUUCCUUUCAAUGAUGCUAGUUUACAUUAAUUUUGAUUCUGUAUUGAUAUCAUUGUUGGGUUGGCAAUAUUGUUCUUGUUUAGAAAAUAUUGUCCCUUUGUGGCAUUUUUUGCUAAGAGUUCUCUUUUAAAGAAAACUCUUGCCAUUUU